AUGUCAAUAAAUUCCAUUGAAAAUCUUUCUGAUGAAUUGUUUUAUGAAAUUUUCGAUUAUCUUAAUGGUUGUGAAAUCUAUCAUACUUUUUCAAAUCUUAAUUAUCGUUUUGAACAAUUAAUCAAUUCUUCAUCACUUCUAUUAAAAAUUAAUUCUUUACGUUCAAAAGAAAUAUUUAUGAAUAAUUAUCAACAAGUUUUACACCUCAAUAAAGAUCAAAUAUUUUCAAUUCACUUAUGGUUAUCAGAAAAUACUAAUCAAAUUAUUUCAUCACUUAAUAUCGAUUCAUCAUUUAUUCGUCUUGAAUCUCUUAUUUUUAAUUCCAUUGAACCAGAUCUAUUAAAUACACUUCUUCCUAAAUUGAUUUAUUUACCUCGUCUUUUCUCGUUAAUAAUCGAUACCUGGUCUGCUCAAAAAGAGUUAGGUGAUACCUAUCGAUUAAUUUUCAAUUUACCAAAAUUAAAAUAUAUCAAAUAUACAGCAAUGGAAUCUAAUGAUAUUGAUAUAACUAUUUCAUUACCAAUUGUUACUAAUGAACAAUUAACUUCUAUUGAACAUCUUAUUAUCGAUCAUCCUUGUGCUAUCGAUGAACUUUUUGCUAUAACAUCUUAUACUCCACAUCUUCGUCGUUUAAAAUUUUUAAGUCUUACCGAUCGAAAUGUAAAUAUUAGAAAUGUUAAACCAAUUAUAUUACAAAAUUUAAUACAUCUUUCUAUUUAUAUAUAUAGCACAAUGACAUUUAAUAUAUUUCAAAUAUUUAUUAGUAAUUUAAAUUCGAAAAUAAAAUUUUUAUCAUUGACAACAGUGAUUGAAGAUAUUAAUUAUCUUGAUGCUAAUCGAUGGGAAAAUUUUAUUUUAACAAAAUUACCUCAAUUAGAAAAAUUUUAUUUUAAAUACAGUGCAUAUUUAGAAGAAAAUUAUGAAACUCCAAUAUAUCUUGGACAUCGUGAUCAAUUUAUUUCAUCAUUUUGGCUUCAACGACGAUGGAUAUUAGAUAUUGAAUUUGAAUUUGAAAAUAUCAUUUAUUCAAUACGUCCAUAUCAAAAAAGAUGGUAUGAAUAUGAUACACAAAAUAUGAUGAUUAAUUCUUCUGAUGACUUAUCAAAAUCUAUUCGACUUCGUCUAGAUGAUCUAUGUCCUGAAAAAUGGACAAAGACAAUAUACUUAAAUGAUUAUAUUAAUUAUACAUUAACUUUAACACAAAUUCAUCAUUUAGAAAUUCAUGCAAAAAUUUUUUGUGAUAAAUUAAUGGAAAUUUUACAUUUAUUACCUGAUAUUAUAACAUUAAAAAUUUUUUCUUUACCAAUUUUAAAACAAGGAAAUUUAUCAAACGAUGAAAUUGAAUUUCUUUGUAUACUAUUACCUAAAAAUCAAAUUCGAAAAAUUUGUUUUGAAAAUAUGGAAGAUGUGGAUGAACUUUAUAUGUUACUUUUAAUAUGUUCACGUAUAAAUCAUCUUCAAAUUCAAUGUAUUAAUUAUACGCAUGCUGAAUUAUUAAUGGAACUUAUUUUAACAGAAAUUAAGGGUGUAUCUAAUUCUUUACUUCGAUUAUUAUGUUUUUCUAUUCCAGAAGCACAUGAUGAAAUGAUUGAAAAAUUCGAAAAAAUGAUUGAUAGAGAAAAUGUACGUUUUGAUUUUAUAAUUAAACAUGUUAUGGAUAAAAUCUAUUUAAAAUGGAAAUAA